ACAUUUGAUAAGCAUAAGUAUUUGUACAGAACAGAAAAUUAAUUAAAUUAAUAUUAAUUUGCAUUUUGAAAUACGAAAACGAAAAACGUUUAAUAAUCAUUAACUUUUCUCGUCGUUGAACUCGGCUUCGUCCAAGACACCGUAGUCCGUUUUUUAGUUGUAAGAAAAUGGCGUUUCUGAGUCCGUUCUUCCGGAAUCCAAUAACCGAUUUUACUGGUCCACUCAUGAGUGCGCAGACGGGCGUACGCUGUGCAGAUUUUGAAAUGAAAUUGAUGAACUGUUACGAGGCGUAUGGGUAUCCAAAAGGAAUAGAAGUAUGCCAAGCGUAUUAUGAGGAUUUUAAAGAAUGUUGCACUAGAGAAAAACAGAUGUCUAGAAUUGUAGCAAUUCAAAAUGAACGUGAACGUCAAGCCAAGCCAGAGUAUGAAAAACCUCCAGCAAUGCACACAUUUUAGAUAUGCACUUAUGUAACGCGUUUGUUAUAAAUACGUAUUUUAUAUGAAUAAAACUGUUUUAAUGAUUAUAA